UUCGUUGUAAAUAUAUUCCUGUAUUGUUUUCCUCUUCCCACAUCCUCACGAUCGUAAUCCGCGUAUGCGCACUGAGCGCUUCUAUUGUUUAGCGGCGGCAGGGCAAAAAAAAACGAGCGCGGAUAUGGGAAAACAGGGGAGCGGCAUACACUGACCCGAAUCUGUGGCCACACGGAGAACACAGCGGGCAUACAACGUCGAUGGAGAGACUGCAUAACAGACAGAUAAGCAGCAGCGACCGUUGCCAUGUUGUGAUCCUACAGUUGCACUCCAGGGAAGAAAAACAUAUUAAGUGGAGUGUAUUGCGGAUGAGCGCCGCUCUUGGAUCCAUGGUUUCUCCGUGCGCUUGUCAACCUCUGUUGUGAUUUUAGCAAGCUGCCUUGUCAUUCGCUAAACGGGAAGAGGAGAACGUGUUGCGUUUCCCUUAUUUAGCCAUCUAAGCAAAGGGACGGCAUCUGUCUGUUUAAUUCAGCAACGAUUAUUAAUCUGUCCCAGGUUGUUACUUUGUGGGGGUGACUUGGGUCAUUCGGCUUGCUCAUGUUCCGGUUAGGGAAAUGCGCUGUUGCGUCUGUUAGGCACAGCUGGUUUAGUCAGACUUGACAACCCGAGGUUUUUUAGCUGGCAUUUGUCGCUGGCAGAAGCGGAUCUUGGGUUUGUAGACUGCAGCAGAAAACGCAUCGGGGGCCAAUUUAUCACGGCUCUCGAUUGACCACAGAACCCCGAUUUUGCGACCGCCCCCUUCCUCGAGUGCUGGAUGGGGGGCAAACAGAGCACGGCAGGGCGGCCCCGGGGAGCUUUUCCUGGUGUGUCAACGGAUGAUAGCGCAGUGCCUCCCACGGCCCACUUUGGGCACUACCGGCCGGGCGGCACUAUGGGUCUGCGGAGCCGCUCUGUCAGCUCCGUUGCCGGGAUGGGCAUCGAUCAUAGUGCUGCGGUGCCGUUUGGAUUUUACAAUGACCGAGGAACUGGGGACUCAGACAGAGCUGGCGGGGGUUCGGGGUCGAAUGCAGCCCAUGGAAACGGUUACCAAGAACCGGGCGGCGGUCACCCGACGGACGGCAUGCUCUAUCUAGGAUCUCGGGGGUCACUGGCAGAUACCUUGCCCCUGCACAUAGCGCCUCGGUGGUUCAGCGCUCAUAGCGGGUUUAAGUGUCCUCUCUGUUCCAAAUCUGUGGCGUCCAAUGAGAUGGAGGUUCACUUCAUCAUGUGUCUGAGCAAGCCCCGCCUCUCCUACAAUGACGACGUGCUGGCGCGGGAUGCCGGGGAGUGCGUGAUCUGUCUGGAGGACCUGCAGCAGGGAGACACCAUCGCCAGACUGCCCUGCCUCUGCAUCUACCACAAAAGCUGUAUAGACUCCUGGUUUGAGAUCAAUCGGUCCUGUCCUGAACACCCUUCUGACUGAACCACAGCUCUCUGCAGGGCACUUUAUGGACCUAUCUUGGACAUCCAGACACUGAAAUAACCAAAAAUCAUCCGACCGACCAAUUUAACCGAUCAAUCGACAAAACAGAUACAGAGCAAAAUGAACCAAAUGAAUUAACGUCGAAACACACCUCGGCAGGAACCAGAGUAACCCCCCUCCCCCCUUGCCCCAACCCUUUCUGACUGCUUUCUGCUGACGCCCCAUCCCCCCCUCACCCUCCUGCUCUCCUCAGAACGUAGACUUUGCCCCCACGGCCCACCCCCUCCCUGCACUGAGCCGUCAUACGGAUGAAGAAGUGGGACCGGAAGAACUGUCUUGGUUGGUCAGAGUCGGCAGCAGGGUCCAUUUCCUGUCAGAAGCUGCAACUUCCUGUUUGUGGAAGUGGGUCUCAUAAGAUUCAUAUUUUUCUCUAAUUUUCAGAGGGGGGUGGGGGGUGGUUGAAGUGGUGGUCCAUGCUUGCGUGUGUGA